UUUAUCAUUUCUGCUGCGACAGUCGACAGUCGAAGUAGAGUUUGUGUUUUCUCGGGGAAGGAUAAAUAUAAAUAAGAAAAGAAGGAUUAAAAAUUAUCACAAAAAUUAAACUUGUGAUUAUAAAAGUUCAAGUGGAGCGCAAUAGCCAGCGUGUGUUGCUGAAAAGUGAAGAAAAAUCGAUCGUGCUUUUAUUAUUAACGCACUAAGUAUGCAUUAGCACUGAUGUUGCGACGAUGAUGUUGAUGAUGGUAACCAAUAACGGCAGACCCAAGUCUAUUCCCUCAAAAUUCUGUUGUCUAUAAUUAUUUAAUGCGCACACUUGAGUGGUAGCUUUUUUAAAAAAAGUGUGUACCAUAUUUUCAGUUGACUAAAUUCAACAUUUUUAAGUCAUAAAAAAUGGAUACUGAUAACGAUAAUGAACAGCUGAACUCUUCGUCGACGAGCAGCAGUAACAAUAGCAGCAGCAGCAAUUUGCUCGCAAAUUUACCUAUGCUCCCAAUAUUGCAGUCAACUGAUAAUGAUGGUGGCGGACACUUCGUAGAGCCCGAGGAGUUACCGGAGGCCUUGGACGAGGGCAUCGGUGCAGUUGGAUUGCCACAACCGCCAUCACCAUCACCACCGCCACCACCAACACCACCACAGCAACUACUUCAUACGGCAGGUCAUUUGCCGGACAAUUCAGUUUUCGCUUCACCCCUCUUAUUCAAUAACAAUACCACCCCACCUCCUUCAUCCUCCUCAUCAUCAUCGUCGCCAACAUCAUCGUCACACAAUCUUCAACUAUAUCAUCAUCAGCAAGAACCACAACAAUUACAACAAGAACAACUACACUCUGAACAUGCGCUUCAUUUUGAACAUUCUCCCUCUCCCUCCCUCCAGCAACACGCACUACUACCACCACCGCCAUCACCACCACCACCACUCGAACAAGAGCAGCAGCAGCAGCAGCAACAACAACAGCCGAUUCCGGAAGCAGCAGCCACAGCACAGCACCAGCAAACACUUGAGCAAGAGGAUAUUCAAGAAGAACUACAAUUAACGCAUCCAUGUGCUUUCGUCGACAAUAAUCCGAUUGCCGAUACGAUUGAUGCAUCUGCAUUAGAAUCCGCUGCGAGUGAAGCUAUUGGACUGAGCGCUGACAUUGCAUCAACUAGUCAACAGCAGCAGCAGACGCAGCCACAACGCCAGUGUCUACAGCAGCAAGAACAGCCGGUGGAAAGUUUGAGCGGUGCUCAACGCUCGACACUGAGCGUAAUAGGAGAAGGUGCAGCUGGUAGCAGCGCAUCUAACAUACGUAACCAAACACCUCCAAUAUCACUGCCAUUGCUGUUGCAAGAAGAGGACGACGAAGACGAGGACGCCGACGCUGACGACGAAGAAAAUCUUAGUGGCGAACAACAACGCGUUCGAGCACCUAAGUCACCUGCUGCACUAUCGUACGCUACGCAUUUUACACACCAUCCAUUCACGCACCCACUAAACCACCACCACCAUCAUCAUUAUUACCCCAAUUUUGGUGGCUGUAUAAAUAAUUCACCAUUUGCGUUUGACAUACCUGCUUUGUCCGGUGGGGGCGAUAGCAUCAGCAGCAAUAAUAACAAUAAUAGCGGCAUUAGCUUUGUCAGCCAAAUAAAUCCCAGUAACGGCGCAAAUACAAACGCAAUACUAACAGCAAGCAUGCUUGGGAGCAGCAGCAAUAGCGACAACCCGUCCGGCGGCGGCGUCGGUGCCACUGCCCUAUCAAGCACCAUUACUUGCGCUGGCUCUGGUGCCCACAGUAGUAGUAAUCAUAAUCAUCAUUCGCGUCAGCAGCAAGUGACCGAUCGCCUAAAAAUGCUCUAUCCAAAUGUGAACGAAGCUGAAACUCCACUGCCACGCUGCUGGAGUCCACACGACAAAUGUCUAUCGAUUGGACUAUCGCAGAAUAAUCUACAUGUACACUAUAAAGGCGUAGGUAAUAAACACGACGGUCCUGCCUCGGUGCGCACAGCUCAUCCGAUUCCACCCGCCUGUGGCCUAUACUAUUUUGAAGUGAAAAUUAUAUCGAAAGGUAAAGAUGGCUACAUGGGUAUCGGUUUGACAGCUCAGCAAUUUCGCAUGAAUCGUUUACCAGGUUGGGACAAGCAUACGUAUGGUUACCAUGGCGACGAUGGCAAUUCAUAUGCCCAAUCCAAUACUGGUCAAUCGUAUGGACCGACAUUCACAACUGGCGAUGUAAUCGGUUGCUGUGUGAAUUUUGUGGAUAAUUCGUGUUUUUACACCAAGAAUGGCAUUGAUCUGGGUGUCGCGUUCAGAGAUUUACCGGUACAUAAAUGCAAACUAUAUCCAACGGUGGGCCUUCAAACACCUGGUGAGGAGAUUGAUGCCAAUUUUGGCCAGGAGCCAUUCAAAUUUGAUCAAAUCGAAGAUAUGAUGAAGCAAAUGCGUGCUCAAAUGAGGACCGCCAUCUAUGAUUUCCCCAUGACACUCGAUCAGGGUGAUCCAACGACACUGCUACACAAAAUGGUAUCAUCAUAUCUCUUGCACAAUGGUUAUAGUCAAACUGCAGAGGCAUUCGCUCGAACCACUGGGCAAACGUUUCAAGAGGAUAUUUCAUCGAUUCGAAAUCGUCAAAAAAUAUUAAAACUUGUAUUAUCCGGCAAAAUGGGUCACGCCAUUGAGCACACGCUGCGCUCUUAUCCGGGUCUAUUAGAGAAUAACAAAAGUCUUUGGUUCAUGCUGAAGUGCAGACAGUUCAUAGAGAUGGUGAAUGGCUCAGAUAUUGAGACAACGCCACCGAAUCAAACAUCGGUCAUACAGUCAACCAAAUCGUAUCAGAAUGGUAAGAGCACAGUAGCACAUAAUAAUGCACAGACUAUGGUGACAACAUCAACUACAACAACAAAUUCAGCUGUGAUAAAUGCCGAUAAUCAUGCGCAUCAACAGGAACUGAAAAACACAUCUAUUUCGGAUGAGAACUGCUCUGGUGAUGCGAUUUCAAUUAGUAAUAAAAACAAUAGCACCAAUAUCGAUUAUUUGAAUGAUGUAGAAAUGGAACUAAAUAUGCACACCAAUGGUAACUCAUGCAAAAACGGCAGUUCUAAUUUCAAUAGUUCUUUAGACGUUGAUGAGGAAAUGGACAUCGACGUAUCACCUUCCGCACAGAAAUAUAGUCAUGGCAUCGAACGGAUAUUGGAAUUCGGCAAAGAGCUAUCUCAAAUGGGACAGCAAUUGGAGAAGGAGAAUAAAUUAAACGAUGAGGAUCGACAAAUGUUAGAAGAUGCAUUUAGUUUAAUCGCUUAUUCAAAUCCCUGGUCCAGCCCGUUGGGUUGGCAACUUUGUCCCACGAAACGAGAAAACGUAUGCACAGCACUUAAUUCCGCUAUUUUAGAAUCGAUGAACUAUCCACGUCGCCCGCCACUUGACGUGUGCGUAGCGCAUGCCGCUGAAUUGCUUAAGGUGAUGGCUCGGGAAUCGCUCGGUGCUUGUGCGUUCGUAAAUAUCGAAGAUGUCUUUCCACAAAAUUGACCCACUCUGCGCUUGAAGAUGUUUGAAACGUCGUAGCUAACGUCGUCGUCGUCAUCGUCGUGUCCCACAGCAUGGUGGUGGUUGGUGUGUCCCUCAUCGUUCGACGCCAACAUGCGCUCCGAUUGUGCUCCUUAUUGCACUUAUUUAGAUUUUUUCUAAUUAUCGUAUUUAAAACAAAAAAACAUAGAAGAGCGAACGCAAAUUAUUCAUUUAUAAUCAACUAAACUUGUUUAAACUAUAAUUUCAAGAAUCAACGAUAAUUAUUAAAAUUUUCAGUUUUCUAGUAACACCAAGAUCCACUUAUUAUACAUACAUAUGUGGUUCAAUGUAGCGGUAGUAGUCAUAAUUUCCCUUCCUCUCAAGUACUCCAAAAUAAAAUGGCCGCGUAAAUUAUACAAAAUAUAUCUAUAUAUACAUACAAAACAAAAACAAACAUUUAACAACAGACAGUAAAUUGGAUUCGUUCAUUAGUUUAAUUUUCAAGCACAUACACACACGCAUAUACAUAUACACACACUAUUGCCUUUAACAUUUAAUCAAAAGUUUUGUUUUUGUUUAAAAUAUCCAACAAUCAUCGAUUAAGUAAAUUAAAAUUGAAAAACAAAAUUCUGUGCUUAAAUUUGUAUACAAACACCUCUCAUGAAAUAAUAAUAAUAAUAAAUAAAAUCACAUUUAA